CAGAAAACGCAACAUAAAACCUAUCAAGAACACUUCUCUUCAUCUCUCUGUUUUAGUCCCAUCUUUCUCCAGAGCGCCAAAAAAAGAAGAAGAAGACACAGAGCCAUGGCAAGAAUCAAGGUUCAUGAACUUAGAAACAAAUCCAAGGCAGAUCUAUUAGGUCAGUUGAAUGACCUAAAAGCUGAGCUGGCACUUCUCAGAGUUGCUAAAGUCACUGGUGGUGCACCCAACAAGCUUUCCAAGAUUAAGGUGGUGAGGCUAUCGAUAGCGCAGGUUUUGACUGUGAUUUCGCAGAAGCAGAAGGCGGCUUUGAGGGAAGUUUAUAAGAAUAAGAAGUUGUUGCCUCUUGAUUUGCGUCCCAAGAAAACCCGAGCUAUUCGUAGACGCCUCACUAAGCAUCAGGCAUCUUUGAAGACCGAGCGUGAGAAGAAGAAAGAGAUGUACUAUCCAUUGAGGAAGUAUGCCAUUAAGGUGUAAGGUCUUCAUGAUUUCGGAAGAUGGGUUUUGUACUCCCUUCGUAAAAUGCCAUGGCGUCGAUACUUUUUGUCACCAUCAAUUUUUUGUUUAGUAUCUCAAUUCACCAAGUUAUCUUACAAUGAUUGUGAACUGAAGAAUGAAGUUAUUAGUGGCAACAGUUGCAUAUUACUGUUUCAUUUUUGGUUGAGACAACUUUUAGUUUUAGUAUCUUUUCAGUAUCAGCAAUUAUGUAUGUUAAAAGUUUAUGAAUUAUAAUAUCGCAGACAUGUUUGGUUCA